AUGACGAAAUAUAUUUCAGUCAACAAGUACAUGACAGGACUUAAAGAAGAACUAGACCCAUUCGCUUAUUUGAAUGUUUACUUCUACCAUUUUGAAAAGUCUUCAUUCAGCAAAGUUUGGAACAUCGAACCAGUUAAGUUUGCUAUUGUGACUAAAAAUGGUGCGAAAUUUGAAGACUUAGACAUAGAAGGUUUGUUAGCAGUCAAAGAAAAUUUUGACAGAAGGUUUUCAAACCUUAAAGAAGGCAAAGCAUACAAACUUGUUAUACCUUAUGAACCAAAGAAAGCAGACGACUAUGAAUAUUAUGAGUCUAAGAUAGUUGAAGUUCAAGGUAAAUUGGGUAAAAAGAUUUUAGAGUCUAAACCAGUGUUUGCUCCUAAAGAGGAAGAGAACAUUGACAUUGACCCAGAAAUGUUCUAA